AUGGUACUAGUUUGUGCAUCUCCUUCUAAUGAUGCUAUUGCUCCUCAACCUGAGGAUGGUGAAUCUUCUGGCCCGGUGGUUGGAUUGGUCACCCAUCCAGACCCAAGACCAUUUCCUAUGGAACCCGAUACCCGACACAUCUCGUAUCUCUCAAGAAGGUUGGUGGAUGGUAUUCUCAAAUCUGGAGCUCGUGUGAUCCCACUAUUGUACGGUGAACACCCGGCUACCUUCUUCAUCAAACUAGGCCUUGUCAAUGGAAUUGUUCUUGGAGGAAAGACACCUUUCAACGAUUCUACAUACAACUCCAAAGUUAAGCUGAUAUACAAAGAGUUCUUCGCAAGGAACGUGGUCGAUUUCCUUCCCUUGCUCUCCAUCGGCUCUGUUUGUGCAGAUGUUCGUUUCCACCUCGAAGAAGGUGCUGCUCAGAAGUUUCUAUACCCCGUAAAUUUCAUCACUGAAGAAGGUCUUGUCGGAGUUACUUUUACCCCAGCAGAUUUGCAGGGCACUUUGUUCCAACAUUUUACUCAGGAUCUGAAAACGAAGCUGGAGGGAAGAGAGCUAUUUGUGUCUCAUCACACCAAGUUAUCCCUUCACUAUGUAAACUCAAUACCGUCCUUUGAUGCUCAAUAUAAAGUCACAUCUGUGUCCUUAGAUCAAGGAAAACUACCUUAUGUCUCUAGUUUUGUUGGCAGAAGCAUUCCCUUCACCGGCGUCCAGUGGCAUCCUCAGGUUUCUGCCAGCGAUGCAGCAAUUGAAUCUUCGGAUCACAUCUUCAAGGCGUUUGUUCACCAAUGCUCAGCUGCGCGUGAAUUCACUCAUCCCGAGGUGUUGAAGCCCUAUGUGCUCUCUAAGUCCGGAGGAAUUCAAUUCUCGAAGGGUGUAGUUGUCUUAGAAGAUGCAGACAACUACAAAUUCCUUGCACACUAG